AUGGCGUCCACGCUUGUCGUCCCCGGCCAGAUCCUGGGAAGCACGUCGUCGCACCAGCCAGGGCCCGGCACGCACGUCUACGAGAACAACAUCCUCGCCUCCAUCAUCGGCAGGUCCGUAGUCCUCCGCACAGACAAGCAGUCGAGUAAACCAGUCAUUUCGGUUCCGCGGCCAGGCACGAACCCAACGGGAAUCAAGAGCGCGAGCUCUCUCCCCAAUGUCGGCUCUACUGUCCUCUGUCGAAUCACUCGGGUGCAACAGCGACAAGUUGCAGCGUCGAUCUUGGUCGUCGACCCGUCUCCGCAAGAUGUCACCUCCUACACGCGUCUCACGGACGACGACAUGCAGUUCCAAGCCGUGCUGCGCCGCGAGGACGUCCGCACCCACGAGAAAGACAAGGUCGUCAUCAACGACAUGUAUAGAGUCGGAGAUAUCAUUCGAGCCUCGGUCAUCAGUCUGGGAGACGAGCGGAAUUACUACAUCAGCACAGCUGGGAAUGACUUCGGCGUCGUGGUUGCCACCAGUGAUGCGGGAAACGCAAUGGUCCCUGCGAGCUGGAAAGAAAUGAGAGACGUCGUUACAGGACAGGCCGAGAGCAGGAAGGUGGCGAAACCAGCAUGA